AGUCUCAAUAUUACAUGUAUUAUGUAUUGUGUUAUCUUCUGUCAACAGACAAGGAUCACAAUUAACGUGAUAUUUGAACAUCUUCAAGUUCGUUUUAUUGACACUCUAGAAUGUCAAGAGUAAUAUCCAAAGCUAUUCACCGCCGCAGGUUUAGGGAGGCAAAAUGGUAGCUAUAUUUGAGGGGAGGGAUUGAGGAUAUGCUUUUUAGUUCUACAGACUUAGCGAUGAUUAUGCUCAAUUAUUCCUCCCCUAAAGAGACGGGCACGAGACCACGUGAUAUGAAUUCAAGAUUCUAAUCUUCCAAUUUACUUUUUUUACAAAACAAUUAAACUAUUAGCGAUUUUCUUGUUAUACCAUCAAACUUCAUUUACAAAUCCCCCCUCAUUUUCCUCAUAGUUGUAUGAUAGCUGUCUUUUGUGCUCCUUUCUCUCUCUAGGCAUACUCACAAACUCAUUGUGGGCAAAUUCUUGAUUUAGAGAGAAAGGAGAAAAACAAUAAGAUAUUUUUCCAAAAAGUUAUUAAGAAAAAAAAGUAUUCUAAAUUAAUUAGUUUCCUCUUGAGGAUUAGUAAUGUUAGUAUAGAUAUUGUUUGUUGGAGGGUGUUUGUGAUCAUUCUUUGUUGUUGUUUCCAUUGGUGCAACUUUGUUGUAUUUAAACGUUGGUAGAAUAAGACUGUGUAUUCGAGAUUAAGGAUACAAGAAAUGGCACAAUUACCUCCAAAAGUGCCCAACAUUAUACCCCAAAAACAACAACAACAAUGGCAAGAAUUCAUGCACCCUCAUAACUAUCAUCAUGAUCAGCAGCAGCAGGAGGAGGUGCAAAACCCACCAUGGGUAGACGAGUUCAUGGAAUUCUCGGCAGCGAAACGAGGGGCUCACCGGAGGACAGUGAGCGACUCGUCAGUGGCAUUCGUAGAGGUGGGGACGGCAGUUCCAUUCAUAGGCGGACAAUUUCGUCCACCAGAGUUACCAAGGAGUAGUAAAAACAACAAUGAUGACGAGUUUGAUAAGUUUGACGAUGAGCAAUUCAUGUCCAUGUUUAGCAAUGAGUUAGGGAGGUCGUCUUCAAACCCUUCGUCGACGUCAGACCAUAAUAGUACGAAUGAUGACCAGAAGAGAGGUAGUAAUACGGGGAGGCAUGAGGGGGGUUUAGGGGGCAGGGAGAGAGUGGAGGACGGGGAGAAGACGGAGGAGGCGGAGAGUUCGUGUAAAUUUGAUGAUAAGAAUCAAGGACAAGUGCAAGCAAAAGUUGAUCAGCAAAUUGGUGGUGAUGUAACUGCUCUUGGUGGUAAUAAUAAUGAUAAUACAGGUGGUGCUGAUCAGCAACUGGUGGUUGAUCCUAAGAGGGUUAAGAGAAUAUUGGCAAACAGACAAUCAGCUCAAAGAUCAAGAGUGAGGAAGCUACAAUAUAUAUCCGAGCUUGAACGCAGUGUUACUGCUUUACAAAGUGAGGUAUCAGCAUUGUCUCCAAGAGUUGCAUUCUUAGAUCACCAACGCAUGAUUCUAAACGUGGACAACAGCACUCUCAAAGCCAAAAUUGCAGCUCUUGCCCAAGAUAAAAUAUUCAAAGAUGCUCAUCAAGAAGCAAUGAAGCGAGAAAUCGAGAGGUUGAGACAAGUAUAUUACCAACAGAACCUCAACAAGACGGAAAGCAUCGUUCCACCACCUUCAUCAUCAUCAUUACCACCUACAACUGCUCAGCCCCCACCACCCGACAACAGGGUUAACGAUAAUGAGCAACUUAUAGGUUAA